GUUUCUCUGUGUGGAUGGAAUAAACAAUAUCACCUGUUUACCUGCAGUCCCCCAGAGGGGCCAAAUCAUCACCAAAAUGGAAGGAGCACCCCCUAGCGAGCUAUUACAGAGAGACCACACAUCAGCCCUGUCAGUCCUUCCAACUUCUGAAAUAAUUUUUCAAACUUCCACAGGUCUGCAAAAGACAGUCUUUCUCAGCCAUGGGAUUCUUGCAAGCUCUAGGAUGGCUAAAUUAAUGUCCAGCAUACCAUUGGAAGGCUUUGGACUAGGAUCAUUAACCGCCGAUAGUGAGUCUUCAGCAGCGCUCUUGCUAACUUCCUUGGCAGACAUUCUCUCUUUGCAGUUGUUGGGAUCUGCAGGCCCAUUUGCAACAAGAAUAAAGCCCAACAGAACAACUGAGCCAUGGGCGAUGAUUGAUCGUUCGGGAGAUUUAACACUAGUCUUGCUCUCACAAGAUGAGUAUGAUAUGACCUCAUCAUUUAUCACAGACUCCUUAAUGACGAUUCCUGUUCCCUCUGUGCAACGUUUGUCAGUCAGGAACCAUAAGACUCUUGUUUUAUCUGCUACAGACGUGAGUUCAGUAAUUAGUAGCAUACCAGAGACCAUGAUUGAAUUAAAUAGUCACUCAUUACUCUCCCCCAGAUUCCAGCCUACAACUCCGGCAAUUGCAUUUUCAGUUCUCUCUGGGUUGCCUCAAGAGGAUACUAGAGAGCAACCAGCUGCUUCCCUCAUGUCAACAGACAAGGGCUGGAUUUUACCAAAGUCCUCAGUGAUGUUUGUUUUUCCCUUGGAAGCAAGCAUUUCAGAAAAGGUAGGCUGUGUUAGCUCGUCAGUUAUGCAGGAAUCCAAAAAGCAAACAUCCCAUCCCAAUGAAUAUCAGGAUAUUAGCAUUUCAUCCUUCAACCAGGGGCUCACAGACCUCAAAUGGCAAUCUGCUGGUUCUUUAAGCAAAUUACACCAAACAUGUGCAAUGGGUUCUGCAGCUGACAUGAAACUCUCAAAUGAAUUCUCAGAUCAGGUUUUGCAUAGCAAAGAGCCUUCACUUGAUGAGGCAUUCUGGAUGAACUCAGUGAUAUUAACCAGCUGGUACACAUUAAUGAAAUCUACUGCUGGUACUUCUGGGCAUUCAUUUGUUUCAGCUUGUGAAACAACAUCAUUGCCGAAGUUCACAGAAGCAUCUUCUUUGUAUCCUGUUGAACGCAGCAGAAAUAAGUUUGCCACAGAAGAGUAUGUUCUAACUAGACCCUUAGAAGAACCAAACACUGAAUUCCCAUGUGUUUAUUUGGACUGUGCAGCAAAUGUCCUUUUCCAAACUGUCCAUUUAGAGCCAUCCUUUUCAACCAUCGCUACCUCUCAAAGAUCAAGGGUGUAUUUGAGUAGGAAAUUAACUGAUGUGGAACAGCUGCCUGUAAUGCAUAUGCCACAGCCACUAGGCUACACAUCACAUGAUCCAGUUAAGGAGAUACCUCUGUCAUUGAUUAAGGGUACAUCUUUUGCUUUUCAUCUGAGUGAUACUCUUCAAGAAGAAAAUGACAGCCAUGUUGUAUCUCAUUCUGAUGUGUCUACAUCACAUGAACCAAGCAGUUCAGAGAAGAUUCGUUAUUUGUAUCUUGAGCAUGCAGAUGUUUCACAGACAGGCUCAGUGGCUGCUUUUCUUGGUGGACAUUCAUUAUCAGCCUUGUUUGUUAAUAUGACAUUCUCUUCAGCAUUAUUUGACCAGCCACUCCCUACACAAAGCUAUUUUGCUAAAAUCUCAGUGCCACAGUACUUUUUAUUUUCUGGUGUAAAUUGGGCUUUAACAGUGACAGACGGUACAGCACAACAGCUUUUGAGAUGGUCUCAUAGUACUAAUGAACAUAAAGCAAAUUCAAACAUUCCCUUAUCACAGUUGCACAGCAUGUCAGUAGUGGCUUCAGCCGUUAUCCCUUACCAGCUGACAACGUCUGGUUAAGGAGGAAGUUCUUCAACAAUGUUCAGCACCAGCACGGGCAUGUGAUGAAGGAAAUAUUUGUAUAUUAAUGAAAAUGGAACCUGUACAAGAAAUGAUAGUGUCUGUAAACAAUUGUGAGCACCGUCCAUCUCAACAGAUCAU